AUGGGUCGUUGGCGAGAUGAACGGCUGCAGUGGAAACCCGAGGACUAUGCAGGGAUCAGUGAGCUUGAUAUUCCAACCAACAACAUAUGGACGCCAGAUAUUGUUUUGUACAGCGAUGUUCGAGAGGAGGAGAGGGAUUUGAGCCAUAUCUACGCAAAAGUGUAUUCCAACGGUGAUGUUUCCUGGCUUACACCAAUUAUUUAUAGAAGUUACUGUAAAUUUGACGCCACUCUUUUUCCCCUACGACCAACAGAUCUGUACCCUCAAGUUUGGUUCUUGGAGCUAUCACGCCUUGGAACUGGAUUUGGUCACAUGACUGAAUCCGGCGACACUACUGCUUACGUUGACAAUGGGGAAUGGGCUUUGAUAGAUAUACCAGUCAGGCGUAAAGUUGAAUAUUACAGCUGCUGCUCGGAACCGUUCUCUGACGUCACAUUCUACGUCAUCAUUAAACGAAGACCCUUGUUUUAUUUCUUUAACAUCAUAUUACCGAGCAUAUGUGUCGCCUCAGUUACACUGCUAACAUUUUGUUUGCCGCCGGAAUCUGGAGAGAAAAUGUCUCUUAGUGUAACUGUGCUUUUGGCCCUAACUGUAUUCUUGCUCCUGGUAGCAGAGUUAAUGCCACCGCAGGCUGACGUCAUACCUUUGAUUGGUAAGUAA